AUGACUCUUCGUCAUUUUGGUAUUAGUUGGGUUAAGUGUGAUGAUUUUUUUAAAGAGAUUGGUGCAUUAAGGGCUACAACAGCUAAUAGAUGGGCUAAUACUUUUUUAUCUGGUAGUUUUGAUAAAUUUAUUAAUGAAGGUCGAGGUGGAAAACAUAUUUCCAGUUUUUACGAUGUAUUUCCUGAUAUUGAAUUAUUAGCUAAAAAUUAUUCUGUUCAAAGAUGUGCUGCAAAAGCAGCUGAUUUUGAUGCAUUUGAACUAGCUAAAUUUAUAGAUGAACAAUUUUAUAUGUUAACUAGUAUUAAAAAAGAUUCUAAUGAUUCAUUGAUUCGUUCAGUUAAAUCCUGCCGUCUGGAUCUUCGAAGAUGGGGCGCUCGUUUCGAAUCUAAUUCGCAACGUCCCUACUUCGAAGGCCACAAGAGACAGGACGUAGUUCAACACCUUACAACAUUUUUACAGCAUUUUCUUCCAAGAAAAGAUUCAUAUUAUUUAAUAAGUGAAGGUGCACAGCCAAAAUGGCAAAUACCCACAGUUGGGACACCGACUAUUCUGAUCUUUCGCGAUGAGAGUACAUUCCGAAGCGGUGAGGUAUCAGCUAAACGCUGGUUAUACGAUGAUCAGGUACCAUUUUAUUCUAAAGGUCGCGAAUUAGAUGAAGAACAACAUAUUGAUUAUAUAGAACGUUCUGCUAGUGCAUCUAUGCACGUCGGUUUUGAUGCUUAUUUUGAUAAUGCGACAAUAUUAACACAAUUUGAGCGAUUAUUUAAAUUACUUGAAUUCAAAGAAUGUUUUAACAAUCAUAAAAUUGAAAUCAUAGUUGAUAAUGCUCGUACGCAUUCAGCUCGUAAUUAUAAUUUAUCUGAUUUCGGAAAAGGAAUUUCAACACGUUGUCCUGUAGAUCGACUUCAAUGGGUGGAUGAUAAGGGUGCUACACAAUCAUUAUCAUGUUAUUUUCAGCAAGGUUCUAAUCGAGGAAAAUCCAAAGGUUUAUUUGAAAUUGCAGUCGAACUCAAUUAUAAUCCUUCACCAAAACUAAAAUUAAGUGAAUUGCGUCAGUUACUUGCCCAUCAUCCGGCAUUUCAAAACGUAAUUUUUCUUAGCUAA